CGAAAAGGACAUUUUAGCAACACGCAUGGGGUCCGUCCGUUCUCGGAGUGGGUGGGCGCGGCCGGGACCAGACUACGCGCGUAAAUAGUCAAAUUUGACUGAAUACCCAAACUACAACCACCAACAAGCAACAGAAGUUGUUAGGUCAAUCAGGGAGUAUAGCAGGUCCAUAUAGUAUCUACGCCCGGUACUCGUACGGGAAUUAUUGGCGAGGACUAGUACUGCAGCUGGCCGCCCAUCCAGCAGGCAGCCAACAGGUUGAUGAACUAUGGAAGGAGAUGAAGUAUUCGUGUCACCCAUGAUGGAUGGAAAACAAGGACUCGUUGCUGUGGAUGUCGUGGUGUUGGUGGUAUACUUUGUGCUUGUUCUUGCUGUUGGUUUGGGAUCGAUGUGUCGAUCCAAUCGUGGUAGCACUGAGGGAUAUUUCUUAGCUGGCGGAGCAAUGCUAUGGUUUCCUGUAGGAGCUUCCUUGUUUGCAAGUAACAUCGGGAGUGAGCACUUCAUAGGACUUGCAGGGUCAGGAGCAUCAUCAGGUCUGGGUGUGGGAGCCUUUGAGCUCAAUGCCCUUAUCUUGCUUCAAGUGAUGGGAUGGAUCUUUCUACCAGUGUACCUUGCUUGUGGUAUCUAUACCAUGCCUGAGUAUCUGCAGAAGAGGUUUGGAGGCAGGAGGAUCAGAAUGUACAUUGCUGUUGUCUCACUUAUCUUAUACAUCUUCACCAAGAUAUCGGUUGAUCUGUACUCUGGAGCUUUGUUCAUCCAGCAAGCCCUCGGAUGGAACCUCUAUGUGGCCAUCUUCUCUCUACUUGCUAUCACAGCAUUGUAUACAGUGACAGGGGGGCUGGCUGCUGUCAUCUUUACAGAUACUUUACAGGCUAUGGUCAUGUUGAUAGGGGCACUGUGGCUUUGUAUUAAGAGUUUUCAGGCAAUCGGUGGUUACCAGAAUCUUGAACCACUGUAUGCCCAAGCCAUCGCCAAUGAUACCAUCGUGUCAAACAAUUCUUGCGGUCUCCCUAGAGAUGAUUACUUCAAUCUCUUCCGUGACCCUGUGACCUCUGACCUUCCAUGGCCUGGGUUCAUCUUUGGACAGACCGCAGCUUCUCUCUGGUACUGGGCAACUGAUCAGGUGAUUGUACAGAGAGCUCUAUCAGCUAAGAACCUCUCGCAUGGCCAAGGAGCAACGCUGUUUGCUGGCUUGUGUAAAAUCACACCAAUGUUCUUUAUUGUCAUGCCAGGAAUGAUUUCUCGUAUUCUAUUCCCAGAUAUUGUAGCCUGUACUGAUAAUUGUGAGGAGAUUUGUGGCUCUAAGGAUGGCUGCUCAAACCUCGCCUAUCCUCUACUUGUUAUGAAUGUACUACCACAAGGCAUUCGUGGCCUAAUGCUGGCUGUGAUGCUGAGCGCUCUUAUGAGUUCAUUGACAUCCAUCUUUAACAGCGGUUCAACGAUCUUCACUAUGGACAUCUGGAGAUUGAUUCGUAGGUUUCCUACUGACCAAGAGAUGACUCGGCUGGGCAGGAAACAAAACAGGAAAUACGAGCUUGAACUCAUGAUUGUGGGACGGGUGUUUGUGGUCAUUCUGGUUGGUAUCAGUGUGCUCUGGGUUCCUAUAGUGAUGAGUGGAGAAGGUGGACAGCUCUUCCAUUACAUACAGCAGAUCACCGCUUAUCUUGCUCCAUCCAUUGCUGGGCUGUUCACUGUUGCAUUGCUAUGGGAACGCAUCAAUGAAGCAGGUGCCUUCUGGGGAUUAACAAGUGCCUUCAUCAUUGGUUUGAUACGUAUGGUGCUGGACUUCAUCUACCCAUCACCUGGUUGUGGAGAGGAGGAUCAUAGACCUGACGCCAUCAAACAUCUACUCAUUCACUACAUGUACUUUGCUCUAUUCCUCUAUCUAUGGACUAUGCUGAUUGUCAUCAGUAUCAGUCUCUUCACCAAACCUAUACCAAAGAAAUAUCUGUAUCGUUUGACGUUCUGGACGAGGUUUAGCAAAGCUGAAAGAUGGGACAUCAUGGCUUACCAGGCAGGCACGGAGGAGGAGGAAGAGGUGGAUGGCAGUACACGCACCAAUGACAAGUAUGCACCUUUAGAGCUUGAUGAUGAAGCAGGACAUGAGAUCGACCCACAAGACAAGAAUGACUCUCAAGGUUCAGAUGAAGAUGAGAGCUGGUGGCAUAGAUCUUUUAAUUGGUUCUGUGGCCUCUCCAAUCGGGAGUCCACAAGCAGCGUUCAGCUUAAAGCUCGGGAGUCCUUACAGAUGGCAAAGAUUGUUCAGACCAAGAGAGAUAAGAUUAUUCUCAACGUCACAUGUGUCUUUGUUCUCAUGAUAGGAGUAGUUCUAUAUGGGGUUUAUGCUUGAUCAGUGUGUAUGUGUGUGUGUGUGUGUGUGCACACUGCCAUGCACAAAGGAGACACUAGCUUGUUUUUCUGAAGGUUCAUAAAU